AUGUACCAACGCCCAGCUGUCACCCAGCGAAUCUCCUAUGUCCUCCGCAAGGACGAAAACAGGAACGCCCAUCUCCUCGGCGUCAACGCUCUAGCCCUCGACACCACCACCUUGACCGCCUCUCCCGAGCCAACAGGCCAUAACCACCACGAACAUCACCACCACCACCACUCGUCAAAGCACAAACUUCCCGGUGGCAUCCUUUACACGGGAGGACGCGAUGGCAUGAUUGCUGCUUGGGACCUUCACUUUGAGUCGCCUUUGGCUCGAAAUAUACCUGGCGAAGGUCCAGAGAACCCCAAGGGUCUGCCACCCUCUACGUUUCGACAGUCCUUCAACCAUCAUACCGAUUGGGUGAAUGAUAUUGUCCUUUGCCACAACGGAGAGAGUCUGGUGUCGGCUUCGUCAGACAGGACAGUCAAGCUCGUCAGACCACACUCACACAACCCAACAUCGGCACACAUCAUCGGAACACACGAGGAUUACGUCAAGACACUAGCGUACGCGUCAGGACCAGGAUGGGUUGCCAGUGGCGGACUUGACAAGAUUGUGCGUCUUUGGGAUAUCAAGGAAGGGCGGAGUGGGCAAUUUGGCUCACUAGGAAGCAUCCCCGAGACCUCGUCUAAGGCUUCUAUCUAUGCUUUAGCGUGUAACCCUGCUGGAACCGUCCUGGCGACGGGUUCGCCUGAGAAGAUAAUUAGAGUCUGGGAUCCAAGGUCAGGACAGCGGAUAACAAAGUUUGCCGGACACACUGACAAUAUUCGCGCACUCUUGAUCAGCGAGAGCGGAGAUACCAUCUUGUCGGCAUCUUCAGAUACAACUAUCAAGUUGUGGUCACUGACGGCACAGCGCUGCAUUACAACAUACACGAUGCACUCGGAUUCUGUCUGGUCAUUGUACUCUGACCACCCACAGCUAGAAACGUUCUAUGGAGGUAGCAAGGAUGGUCUCGUCACAAAGACGGAAAUUAACCGAUAUGACGACGAGGAUCCGGGACAGUGCGUUGUCAUCUGCAAGGCUGAGACAGGCGUCGCCAGGUUGGUGGCGCAUGAUAAUGCACGUAUCUGGACAGCGACAUCCUCGAGCAGUAUCUAUCAAUGGCCCGAUAUUCCUCCUCGUAUCAGCCGCUCGACUGAAUUGGCGGCAGCCAUUGUGCCCGCUAACUUGCUCAAGAUGAGCCUGAACGAGUCUAGCUUUACAGAGUCAUCCGCGCCUGAGCAGUAUUACCCAACCUCGACCGUCUACUCUGCUGCAUCUUUGGGAUCGAUCUACGUCAACAGCCGAGGCGACAAGCAGAGUCAACAUAGUUCGGAAGACGAUGAGGGUCUAAUUGCGCCCAUCUUUGAGGACCCUGAGAAUGUGAUUCAGGGAGAACAUGGACUGAUCAAGCAUACUGUGCUGAAUAACAGGCGCAUGGUUGUUACAGAGGACAAGUGUGGCGAGAUUGCCCUCUGGGAUCUUAUCAAGUGCGUGCAACUGGAGACAUUUACAGGGCGCAAGAUGGAGGAAGUGGUCAAUGAGCUCAAUACCAUUGAGUCUGUCCCAUCCUGGUGCACCAUCGACACACGCAUUGGAGCCCUGACAGUUCACUUGGAUGAAGGACGCUGCUUCGACGCCGAGGUCUAUGUUGACGAAAUCGAAGAGACUCCAGACCCUGAACGCCCUGACGAUCAACGAAUUGUGAUCGGAAAAUGGGUCCUGAACAAUCUUUUCGAGCAGUAUGUCCCAGUCCAUAUCGACGCGUACGAAAAGGAAGCCUAUCGCCAACAGCAUCAGGAAGAACUCGCGGCUCAACUCGCUGUACCGACCACAGUGGUCACUAACGAGAAGAAUGAGGUCGUCAACGGCCAGAAUAAUGGGAAUGGCGGAGAUGCAGGAUCAUCAGCUGCUGAUCAGUCGAAUGGUAGUCGUCCAACAGUCAACACUUCUGCUGAGGGACUCAAAGGACCCUCAACAGAUCCACAUCAAGCUGGCGGCACCAGCCCUUCUGUCACAGCACCACCACCCACUUCAGCUGUUGGAGUAAAGCUGAACGCGCCUGGAUCCUUGACCGCCUCGCCUUCCGUUCCAUCAACUCCCUUGUCGUCCUUCUCGCCGACAAGUUCCAGCUCAAGUUUGAACAGCGGUUUCAUGGGCCGUUUGAAGCAUUCGGUCAAGAAGCUGGCAAGGACUCCUAGUGCAGAGCAGCGGUUCGAAAACGGUCGACCAGUGGCGUCCAGGAAGGCAGGAGUAAACCCCUCGACUAUCAACGUCCCUGUUGCAAACGCACCACCGACAAGUGCAGUUUUUAAGCCUCUCAAUAGCCCAUCGGUACCCGAGAUCCCUCCACAGUAUCAAGCUGCCACUGCGGGCAACAAUACCAACACUGCGUCGACAGCUCCUCCUUCGGCGUCUUCUUCGCCCAGGACAAUUAUUGUGGAGGGACCUGGAGGAUUGGGAUUGGGUCUUUCAGGCAAGACUGAAGGAGGGGACGACCUCUCUGUGUCGAUCUCGGACACAACAUCGUCGCACUCGAUCGACUCGAUACCCAGCCCGGUUCUCCAAUUGCCCUCGUCGACCCUCAGUGUCCGCCCUCCACAUCCACCAUUCAGCCCACCGACUCAUCUCGAUUUCCCAAAGACUAUCAUCCCCUCACAUAUCCCCGUUAUCAUCUCGGAGCAAUCUCGUGAGGCUUCUUCAACUGUGGAUUUGUACAGAGGCAGUGUUGGAACUCUCGCUCAGGAUUAUAUCCCCUUGGUUCAGGUUAUCCCAACCUGGUUGCUUGAGGUUGUUUUGAAGAAUUCGAUUCCCGCCAAGGAGUCGCCCAAGGUCUCCUUUGUCCUCCGUCCACAUCACCACCAGGAAGGCACCACGACGGCCAUUGUAGGAAAUGCUGCGGUUGGAGGAGAGUUAGGCGGGCUUCUUCCUCGUCUGGGAGAAUUGCCUGGUGGAAACGCGCGAUUAACCGCCCCAAGGAUGUUGAGGGUCAGGAAGGUCUUGGCACAUGUUGUGGAAAAGUUGGCGCUUGUUCCUCCGAAGAGGAGAAUUGAAGUUUCCUCUGCAACUGCAACAACAGCACAACAGCAGCCUGCAGAGAGUGAUUCUAGCACGACUACUGCCAUACAUGAAAGUGGACCCGCUGAUUCGACCAGCAGGGCAUUGGAACCCGUACAGGAAGAAGAUGACGGACCUCGCAAUGACAAGGACGCUACCGAGGCUUCUACCGAGGCAGAAGGAGAUGCCCAAGUGCCUCAAGCGCCUCAAGCGCCACCCAAGACCAAAGAGCAAGAGGAAGAAGAAGAGGCCAUGAGACAGGAUGUUCUGCGUCCCGAGAACUGGUUGGAGAUUCUGUGCCAUGAGCAAGUCCUCUCCCCGACCAUGACUCUGGCCACGAUCCGUACUCACUAUUGGAAGACUGGAAGUGAUGUCGUCCUGUCAUAUCGGUACAAGCAACGAGGUGCAGGAGCAGCGACGUCUGUAAUCGCUUCUCAGCCUGCGACUCUGUCCCCAAGUUCCGCCGCUUCCUUCUCUUCAUCCUCUUGA